AUGGGGGGAAAUAGAGAGGAAAAUGCUCAUAGUGAGCUCAUAACUCCAGGAAGAAAGAAAAAGCAAAAGAUAAGGCUGACCGAGUAUGGAAUGGCGAUAAACGGAUAUAGAUUUGUGGCAACCGAUGAUGCCGAGGCGAAGGCGUUUGACAGAGAAGAGCAGAUGAGAGAUUUGGGAUUGUCAGAUGGGGAAGAGAGAGAUAUUGGAUUGUUAGAUGGGGAAAAGAGAGAGUCCGAAUAUUCAGAUAAAGAAGAGAGAGAGUUUGAAAUUUCAAAUGAAGAUGGUGAUUUGGAAUUGGAUGGGAGCGAUGGAUGGAAGAGUUAUGACGAGUAUUCAAGGAAAUGGGACCAGAUACUCAGGAUUCAGGAUAUAGCAGAGGGCAUUCCGCUCCCAGUUGCAAGCAAUGGUCUGGAAGAUGUCAAUGAGACCAGGGUGAGGCAAUUCCUAGACACGCGAGACAAGAUAAAGCGAGAAAGAAUCAGAUGGCACCCGGACAAGAUGAUGGUGCGGCUAGAAAAGCUGGGAGUUGACCAGGACACGUGUCCAGGCUACAAAAGCGUUGUAACACAAGUGUUCCAGACGAUAAACCAGAUACACGACGUAUGA